UCCUCAUUGCUUAUGCACAUGAAUAUUCAUACUGGAGAGAAAACGUAUUCGUGUCAGGAGUGUGGGAAAGCCUUCAUUCCAUCUUCAAACCUUUCUGGUCACAUAAAAAUUCAUACAGGAGAAAAGCCUUAUUCAUGCAGGAAAUGUGGGAAGGCAUUUGCUCGAUCCGCAGACCUUAACACACACAUGGAAAUUCAUACAGGAGAGAAGCCCUAUGCAUGUCAGGAGUGUGGAAAGGCAUUUAGUCAAUCCUCAAACCUUUCUGGUCAUAUGAAAAUUCAUACAGGAGAGAAGCUUUAUUCAUGUCAGGAGUGUGGAAAGGCAUUUGCUUGAUCCUCAAAGCUUAACAUACACAUGAGAAUUCAUACAGGAGAGAAGCCUUAUUCGUGUCAGGAGUGUGGAAUGGCAUUUGCUCGAUCCUCAUCCCUUAACACACAUAUGAAAAUUCAUACAGGAGAGAAGCCUCAUUCAUGUCAGGAGUGUGGAAAGGCAUUUGCUCAAUCUUCAGACCUUAACAAACACAUGAAAGUUCAUACAGGAGAGAAGCCUUAUUCAUGUCAGGAGUGUGAAAAGGCAUUUGCUCUAUCCUCAAAUCUUAACCAACACAUGAAAGUUCAUACAGGAGAGAAGCCUUAUUCAUGUCAGGAGUGUGGAAAGGCAUUUGCUCAAUCCUCAAAGCUUAAUGUACACAUGAGAAUUCAUACAGGAGAGAAGCCUUAUUCAUGUCAGGAGUGUGGAAUGGCAUUUGCUCGAUCCUCAUCCCUUAACACACACAUGAAAAUUCAUACAGGAGAGAAGCCUCAUUCAUGUCAGGAGUGUGGAAAGGCAUUUCCUCAAUCCUCAGCCCUUAACAUACACAUGAGAAUUCAUACAGGAGAGAAGCCUUAUUCAUGUCAGGAGUGUGGAAAGGCAUUUGCUAAAUCUUCAGACCUUAACAAACACAUGAAAGUUCAUACAGGAGAGAAGCCUUAUUCAUGUCAGGAGUGUGGAAAGGCAUUUGCUCUAUCCUCAAAUCUUAACCAACACAUGAAAGUUCAUACAGGAGAGAAGCCUUAUUCAUGUCAGGAGUGUGGAAAGGCAUUUGCUCAAUCCUCAAAGCUUAACAUACACAUGACAAUACAUACAGGAGAGAAGCCUUAUUCAUGUCAGGAGUGUGGAAAGGCAUUUGCUCAAUCCUCAAAUCUUAACCAACACAUGAAAGUUCAUACAGAAGAGAAGCCUUAUUCAUGUCAGGAGUGUGGAAAGGCAUUUGCUCGAUCCUCAAGCCUUAACAAACACAUGAAAGUUCAUACAGGAGAGAAGCUUUAUUAAUGUCAGGAGUGUGGAAAGGCAUUUGCAAAAUCCUCAAAUCUUAACAUACACAUUAAAAUUCAUACAGGAGAGAAGCCUUAUUCGUGUCAGAAGUGUGGAAAUGCAUUUGCUCCAUCCUCAGACCUUAACAAACACAUGAAAGUUCAUAUUGAAGAAAAGCCUUAUUUAUGUCCAGAGUGUCGAAAGGCUUUUGGUGAAUCCUCAAGCCCUAACAGCACAUGA